AUGGAUUCCCAGCCCAGCCCCUCCCCCUCCAUCCAGCAGGUGACCAUCACUGGAAGAAGGAAACUGUUGAAACCGCUGCCCCGCUUCAUGAACCAAUACCGGAGUUCACGGAAAAACCUUUAUGUGGUGACAAAGACGGUGGAGUUGCUCAACAGCCCUGUGCUGCGAGACAUCAGCAGUGGGAAUGCUUCUGGAGGUGUCUCUCUCCCUUGGAAUCCUGCUAGCAAGGGUGAAGGAAAAAGCAAGUAUCAAAAGCAGAGUGAGCUGGUGCUGAGUCUACAGAAGGGCAUGGUGAUGGCCUACAAGAAGAAGCUGCUGGUUUUUGAGGAUGAUGGUUGGGGAAGAAUAGAGGAACCCUUUGGGCAAACUUUCGAGUGCAUGGAAGAAGAAGUUUUCAUCAGAGUGAGGAAAGUGGCUUUGCUGUCAAGGAACAUUCGGGCUAUCAUGUUAAUUAAUAUCCAAGCUAUGCUGGGGGACCGACGGGCUCUGGAGGCCCUCAUGGACACGCUUGAGCAGGAGAAGCCCCUGGGUCAUUUGAAUGGCCCUGGUGCCACCAUCCUGGAUGAGCUGGCAAGAAUCCCAGAAUAUCCACAUGUUGACGCAGUGUACCUCAUCCUUUACCUGCUUGAAGCCAUAAUGGUGCUGAGUGACACCCAACAUGCUCUGCUGGCCCAGUCCAUGGAGAAGAGGAUCCUGCCCUAUCAGCGGGAGCUGGUACGAAGCAUCCUGGAGCCCAACUUCAAGUACCCCUGGUGGAUUCCCUUCACCCUUGACCCCCAACUCCUUGCCCUCCUGCAAGAUGAGGGUGUGGCCAUCACCUAUGGGCUGCUGCAGGAGUGUGGGCUGAGGAUGGAGCUGAAUAACCCCAGGUCCACCUGGGAUCUGGGAGCCAAGGAACCCCUGUCUGCCCUGUAUGCCUCCCUGUGUCUGCUGCAGCAGCUGAGUGAGGCCUGA